AUGAUGGAGAAAGUCCCUUUGAACAAUGCAAUAAUUAGGGCUUAUCAGAACUUACCUAUGUCUGGUUUUCAUGAAAUUCCUUUUGAUUUGAAGAAAAUUAUUGAACUGGUGAAAAAGCCAAAGUCACCACCACCUGUGUUUGAGGAUGAUUCUGAAGAGCCAACAUAUAGUGACGUUCAAGGAGAAGACAUUAUCCGAAACGAUGAAGAUGAUAUAUCUACUAAUACUGUAGUUCCAAUUGUUUCAGAACCUUCUACAGUAGAGACAUCUUCAAAAGUUUCUACUCCUCAAUCUUUAUCUAUUCCACUUGAAUUAGAUAUAUUUAAGAAUAUUAUCAAUGAGCCAUUUCUGAACAUAUCUCAAACUCCACCACCACCUAUUUUUCCUACAUCCACUUCUCUAAUGACAACAUCAAUUCUGAUUUCAUGCAUUCCACCUUUACCAAAAAUCAGUUUAGUAAAUACAUCUCAACCUCAUAUUUCUAUACCAUUGUUAACUCCAAUCUUUAUUAAAUCCAUUAUGAAUCCUAUGACAACCUCAACUACAACUCCACCAGAAGGUCGUACUUUUAAAUCCUAUAAGGAGGAGAAUAGGUCUUCAAACAUCACUGGUAACACAUAUGAUAUGGAAUCAAAUGAUAAUAUUGGUGUAACUACCGGUAACAUUUCUUCUUCAGUUCCUAAUUCUAACGCUGAUGAAGAUGUCAUGUUGUGGAUGAUCUAG